AUGGAUCCGUUACCACUACCAACAAGCCUCGCCGAGGUGGAAGCAUUGAUCCGAGCGCUCUAUCAGCCAAACCCCCCUGAAACCAUCUCCAGAAUACAAGAGGUUCUUCAGCGACUUCAGAGGUCACCGGAAGGGUGGCAGCUUGCCGAGAGUCUCAUUGCUCACCCAGAAGACAACAUCAGGUUUUACGCCGCGCUAACCCUGAUUGUCAAACUCAACCGAGAUAGCGCUGGUCUGAAUGAAGACGAUGCCAAGCUUCUUCUUGAGAACAUCAUCAGCUGGACCAUCCAGUCGCUGAGCGACGGGGCGGCUCCCUUCGUUACCAAGAAGCUGUGUUCGGCGCUCAUUACCUACUUUGUACUUUUCUCCCACGUGUGGCCCGCCUGCGUUCGUCAUUUUAUCUAUUGCCUGGAUCUCGGCAGAGGCGUGCCCAUAGAGAAUCUAGAUGAUGCCUUGUCGACAGACAUCCUCGUGGGUAAUCUGGAUAGCCAGAACCUCAAGGUGGCUAUUUGGUUUGUCACGUCGUUGGUGGAGGAAUACAGUGCAGAUGUCCACCAAAGACUCGCCAAAAACGGCCAGGACGCCACUUGUCUCCUCGCCCGCGGCUUUGUUCCACCUAUUGACGAGGUCGGGCUCAAGACUCAGGAGGAAACACUGGCAUGCUUCCAGGCUUGGAUCCUUUACGCCCAACGAGCGUCGUCCGAUGUAGACCUGUUGGUGACACCACUCCGACAACUGGUUGAUCCAGCAUUGCAAUGCUUCACCAACGAACAUCUUUUUCAAGCUACCGCCGAGCUCUUCAGUGAUGUGCUGCAGAACUACUCGGGUUUCUUCACCAAAGCGCACUAUGACGCGCUUUCUUCUUUCUUUGAAAGCCAGUGGGCUGCGAACCACUAUCAGCAAAUUCUCCACGGGAACCACCGCGAGGAUGGAAUUUCUUUUGGACUACUGAUGCUAGCCUACGGCGAUGCCCAGGUGCAAGCCUUGCUGGAGGGUACAGACGAGCGGUCUCAGAGAUUCCUGGAAAGCUUAAGUGGGCUUCUUGCCACUGACGGGUACUUGGUCGGAGAUGACGCCAUCUUCGUGCCCGCCCUCGAGUUCUGGUCAACCUUCAUUGAAACAAUGAUCGACUGCACCUUCUCGGACGGGGAUCAGUCACCUGUCUGGAAACCAUAUGCUGAACGGCACCUUAAGGCGGUGGUGACAAACAGCUGGCGCAAGAUCCAGUGGCCCUCAGCAGAAAUCUUUGCUGAAUGGGACUCUGCUGAGCGUGCUGCAUUCUGUGACGCCAGAAAGGAUGUUGCAGAUAUGCUUCAGUCAGUUUUCACCCUCGAAGGUCUGGAUCUCAUUUCUUUCUUCGCCAACCUCUUCCUUCAAGCGCUCGCCUCACAGUCGUGGGCCGAGCUUGAGGCCACGGCGUUCUGUCUUGGUGCUCUCUCCGAUUGUAUCUCUGAGGACAGCAAGUAUGAUGCCGAGCUGAGCAAGGUCUUUGCUUCUCAAUUCUUUGACCUUCUUGGUCAGGGCCAAGCCGCCGUACCACUGCGCCUCCGCCAGACGGGGCUGUCGUUGAUCGAGAGGUACUGCGAGUACUUUGAGCGCCAUGCAGACUACCUGCCGAAUGCCCUGAAUCUUCUCUUCGCUGCUGUGGGGGACUCUGUUCUCGGUGGCCCUUCGGCACGGUCGAUCUCUACCCUUUGCUCUUCGUGCCGUACCAUUUUGACUGGCGAGGCCGGCACAUUCAUCAGACACUACCAGGACAUCCGUGGAAGACAGGUGCUUGAUGCUCUAGCCGAGGAGAGGAUCGUGCUUGCCGUUGCCUCCAUCAUCCAGUCCAUCACGGACGAAAAUGAGAAGCUGCAGAAAUUCGAGGAGCUUUACACGAUCUUCAAGAAGGACUUUGAGUUCGCCGUCCAGCUCAGAUCACAGCCUGGCUUGGUGGACCUGACAAACCCAAAUGUCCUGAGGGGUCUUGAUCCCCCUAUUCCCUCAUCUCUUCCACUUGUGGAGGGCAUCUCCCUCCACAUUGCACUUCGGUCAAUGAGGUGCAUUGCCAGCAUGUCGAAAGGCAUGCAAGAUGUCAAGGAGUCUCCUGUGGAUUUGGAAGACGAAUCGCAGGUUGCCAGAACAAGCGAGAAGCUUGCUGCGCUACAGUCCGACAUUGUCAGCCUUCUCAUAGGCGUUCAGCAAGUUUUCAGCACUACAGGAGAGAUUGUAGAGAUUAUCUGCAACAUCCUGCGUGCUGGGUUCUCAGAGACGGAACCAGGCCCAUUUGUCUUCCCUGCUGACAUCGUCACCAACUACUUUGUUCAACAGCCGUUUGAGACGCCUCGGAUGGGAACGCUUCUCAGCACCGCUUGCUCCUUUGUGGGGUCGCUAUACAGAGGGCCAAAGGCGAUUGUGCCGAAUCAGCUCGUCCGCCUGUUGCCAUGGGUCAUUGCCUUGCUUCAGAAGCUCCCAGACACGGAAAUCUCCCAAAACGGCAUCUGCCUCAUCGACAGAGUCCUGUCCAAAUACCCCGAAGUCCUCUUCCAAGUCCAACCGGGGCAAAUGCUCGAGUUUUUUUUCAUGUUCACGCUCAAAGUCCUCAACGGGAAGGAACCCCUUCCCAAAACUGCCGCAGCUGACUUUUGGAGCAACUUUAUAACCCUCAAACCCCCCUCCCCAAACCUCGCCUCCCACGUCUCCAACGCAAUGUCUUACUUUGGCCCGUUGUUGGCGCAAACAUUAAUCAACAAUAUUGGCGGGAAUGCUGCCAGAUCAGAGCUGGAUAAACUCAAUGAGGGGGGGAACGGCGGCGGUUUUCCAAGUGCGGCGGCGGAGAGGGUUAGCAUGGCUGAGAGGGCGGCGUUUUUGAAAAAGGUGGUUGGGCUGAGGGGGGCGAGGCAGACGAAUCAGGUUGUGAGGGAGUUUUGGUUGCUUUGUAGGGGGAGUAGUUUUGCUUAUGUUUCUUAG